GGAAAGAGUCACGCACUCACCGACCUAACUUAAACCGCUUAUCCGGGAUCGGGUCGCGGGGCCGUGGAAGGACUCCUAACCCUAAACCUGAGUCUCCAGUCUGUCUUCCACGCAGAGGAGGAAGUCGGGUUCGGUCACUCACCUCUGUCCGUCCCUGCCAACUUUUUCAGGACGAACUUUCGCUGCUGCUUUUGUUGAUCCGCCGACAUGUCCGUCGAGACGAACCGCAAAACCACCACGACCAGAACCUACCGGACGGUCAACGUUGCCCCCUCGGAGCCGGUAAGCGGCACCACGACCAGGACCUACCGGACGGUCAACGUGGCUCCGGCAGAGACGGUGAGCGGCGGCACGGUGAUCUCGGCCCGGACGGUGUCCCCGCUGCCCUACACGAUGAAUGGUUCCUAUGAGACGGUCCGGUACCUGGUGCCGGUGCAGCAGGCCGUGCAGCAGCAGCAGUCCUACGUCCUGAUGCCGCAGACGGUGGUGUCUCCGCAGGUGGUGUCCCCGGUUUACCUCCAAAGUGUUCCCCGUCUGAGCGUCAGCAGCCAGGAGUCGGACGUGUACCAGCAGCACAGCGCGCUGGAGAGCUACAGCAGGAAGUCUUCCUCAGUGUUUAGCCAGUCGUCCAGUCCCAUCAAGAGCCCAGAGCCCAGUGCUGAGGAGGAGGUGGAAGAAAUUGAAGAGUUGGUGGAGGAGCAGGAAGAAGAGGAGGAAGGAGUGGAGGUGGAAGAGGAGGAGUUUGUCACCAUCAUACAGAAUAAGUCACCAGUGGUACAGAAGAUCUCCAGGACAGAGUUUAAAACUGAGACGAAAGAGGUUCCGCAGCCGACGAAGAUGGACACGCGGUAUUUUGGCGAGCUGCUGGCCGAGGUCUACAGGAAGAAUUGUGACAUCCACAGCUGCAUCUCCGAACACGUGUCCAAGAUCCGCGGGAAGAAACACCAGUUAGACUCCAACAAUGAUUACAAGGUGGAGAAGGAGGAGGUGGAAGCUUUGAUCCCCAAAGGAGCCACUGAACUCACCAAACAACAAAUCCGCUACCUGCUGCAGACUCGUCUCACUGCAGAUAAGAGCAUGCGUCUGCUGCUGUCCACCUUCAGCAGUCUCAGAGACGAGCUCCUCCACAUGUCUGAAGACCUGCGGCGUCUGGAGAGUGAGAAGGAAUCCUUGGAGAGGGAUCUGAGUUUUAAAGCGGACCAGGCUCGGCAGUACGACAGCCUCCUGGAGGCAGUCAGAGAAAACAACAGACAGCUUCAGUUGUCGCUGAAGGAAAGCAGCUCUGCCCAACGUUCUCUGGAGAGUCAGUUGAUGAACAGUCGCAGCUCUGAUUCUAGCCGCGACUUCACGAUCAAAGAGAUGGAGGGAAGGAUGAGAGUGCUGGAGAAGGAGAACGAGAUGCUCCGACAGAAGUUGGCUGGUCAAAGUAGCAGCGCCACCCUGCAGAUCAAAACACAGGAGCUGUCACGUCAGUACAGCCAGCAGCUCAGCGCCAUGCAGCAAGAAAAAGACCGGGAGAUACAGAAACUGCGGUCUCAGAUUACAAGGAUCCAGACAGAGGUGACCACUGGGAGGUCAUCCUCAGAGCAAAGCCUGCAGCUGAAGAUCUCAGAGCUGCUGAGCAUGUUGGAGCAGCGGCAGGCCACCAUCACCCGACAGGAGCAGGAGAUCAAGAGGCUGAUGCAGGAGAGGAGCGACAGCUCCUCAAACAUCACCAAGACCAUCAUCACUAAAAGGUACAGGAACCAGUAUCCCAUCCUUGGUCUGCUGAGUGAUGAUUAUCCACGUCACUCCCCUAUCAAGGAGACAAGACCAUCGUUAUCGAAGGAGUGGUCAGCUGAUCAAACAGGAAAUCAUUACACCCUCUUAAAGACACGCAUCUUCUGUCCUACAGGAAUGAUUGAUCGAUGAGAAGACCCGGGAGUCUCCGCCCUCCCACCUUGCAUGCCCCUCCCUUUCCUUCCUCAUCCUCUGGGCUACUGGCCUUGAUGGUGGCUCAGAUCUCCCUCUCCCACCCUAAAUUUGGCGUAAUCCAGUUAAAUCUGUGCUUUUACCAAAUUGGGCUUGUCUGGGGUGAGUUUUCGUUACUUUUUUGUUUGUUUUAUUUUUAAAAUGGGAAAUCUAAUCUUUUUUGUCGUUGGUACUGAACAAGUGGCAGUGAUGAGUCGAUCAUGACAACUGGUAACUGUGGAGCAUUAAUGAUUACCUGUGGCACUUAGACAUGUUCUCGUCUUCACUUAUUUCUGCUUACUGAAAGGGUCAGGUCAACCAAAUUUACCAGAACAGUUUUUAACCUGUUUUAUUGGUGGAAAAUCCAGUUAAAUUAAAUAUUCUCUUAAAAAAAAACAACAAAAAACAAACAAACAACCAGUCUGGCUUUGAGCAUCUGUUCAUAAUCACAUUUCAACAUACCUACAGUAUGUUUUUUUUUUUUUUUUUUUUUUUUAACUUUUUUAGGCUGACAUUUCCAUGCAUUCAUCUCCAUUACUGAUAUUACAGCGCCAUCCGGUGGUGGUAGAAUUGAGUCAUGAAAUAAUUGUGUUCAGAUUGUUUUUGUCUCAUUCUAACAUUUUGAGCAUCUAUAAAUUGACCUAAAUUUGUGGUGCUGGCAACAACUUGAACCUCUGUUCUGAUAAAUUGAUGUCACAAUAAACACAUUUCGUACAAACGUUCAAGUCCAGACUUUCAUUCAUUGAAGUUCGCUGAAACAGGAAGAGAAAUUUCAGAUAUGAGGUUGAUGAAACCUAAACAGAUGAAAUCAGUGGGAGUAAAGAUAAAAAUAACAGAAAAAAUAUAAAACACAAAAGUAAGCUUUUAAUUACAACUUAAAAUUUGCACCAUUAUUUGCAUGAAUGCUGAGAGUCAUCAGGUUGAACUGAUCAUUACUGAUUGACAAUAAUCUUUGACUAAUGCAUGCGGUACAUUUUAUUUUCAUUAUUGAUUUAUCUUUCUUAUGUGGCGAUUAAUCUGUUAAUGGUUUGGUCUGUUAAAAGGACGGAGGAUCAUUUGUAGCCACAGCCGUAUGUCUUAAAAAAAGGAAAAAGCAUUUUGUCCAAUUAAAGGCGAAUAAAACAUUUAACAUGGGUUGUUAUACAUUUAAAUUUUUAUCGUGUCAGAUUUUUCUUUUAAAUUCAUGCUUCUGUAUAAUAAAUUUUAUACAGUUGUGCCUUUUAAACUCACAGUGGGGAGAAAAAAACUCAACUGUUAUAAAUUAAAGAAAAAUAUAAAUGGGGUGGCUUCAUUAGCGUUUGCAAAUGACUGAAUACGUGUUGAACGUUGUUGAUACAAAACCUUUAAGAAAUGCAAACAGUAUGGUACUGCGUGGUGAACGUGUUUAGAGUAGGCAGUUGUCAUGAGGGAAGCCACCAAGAUGCCCAUUACAACGCUGCAGGAAUUAUAGCGGCUCUGAUUGGAGAGACUGUGUGCACAUACUGAAUUUUUUUUUUUUUGUCUGCUGGAUCACCAGUUUUACAGCUUCAUGGUGGAGUGGAGCAGAGAGAUUUUCUCAAACAGAAGAUGUACAAUUUCAGAGAAGCAACAGGGGAGACUUGUCUAGAUUUUAAAUGGCGUCUUGUAACAAAGUUAUUUUUUUAUCGCAGUCCACUAUACACACGUCACGUUUAACGCUGCAGCCUGAUGCUGACUCAGCAGGUUCCAAACUAAAGAGGUGGAAUCUCAGCUUCCAGUUGUCACUAACACGUGUUUUGAAGAGCCGCCAGAUUGUGUCAGUGAGCUGCCGCCGCCACCACAGCCAUGCUCACCCAGAGGACGAGGAAGUGCAUCUGUGUGCGUGUAAAUAUUUAAAUAUCUGUAAAACGUGCAUGCUUACUGAACAUUUUCUCUACUGUGACACAUCAUUUAAUUGCUUUUGUUUUGGCUAAAUGGUUAAUUAUUUUUUUUAAUAUUUUGAGGUUUGUAUGUGUUCAUGUGGUGG